AUGGAGUCCAUCUACGGGCUUCAGCCAGUGGCUGUUCCUGUCACUGUAGAUGCUCUCUUCAAAGCCUGGUCUCGAGAUGAAUACCUGAGACGCCUUAUUGACCAGCUGCUAUCCGCCCAAGACAGUCCAGAAGCCCUGACAAGUGUCCAAGGGAAGGCCAUUCUCGAACAGAGAAUCAAGAGCUUUGACUCAAAACCCGAAGUCGCAAAUGAGAUCUCCAGAGUGAUAAGUGGGGUCGAUGAGGUCAAGUCUCCCCCUCCCAGGCCUUCACUGCGUUCUCUGAGACAGACUCUGUUGGAAGAGGUCUUUGACACCCAAGAGGAAGAUGUCCUUUAG